UUCAGUUCCCAGGGUACGUCAAAGGACAACAGAUGAGCAGGUAGUGGUAACAGCAAAUCCAGAUAACUAAACGAUAAGCAAGCAAUACUUAUUUGAACAUUCGCUUUCAUUAGUUAUUGGGGGAUUCUUUUCUAAUAGAUGGAGUUCAUUCUAAUCAUUAUAGAAUCAAUGUUCCUUAUCUCCAAUUCUGAUUCUGAAUUAUUCUAAUCAGUACCGGCCUGUCUGAUUUUCUCCUCAUGCUUGACCAUCAAAAUGAACUUUCUAGACUGACAAAACAAAACCAAUACUUCCUCAGGUUGUUGAAACAAGAGAGAUCGGAGAUUGUACAAGAAACAAAGAACGUAAUGCUAGGCCGGCAUCAUGCUCCCAUUCAAGAUAUAUAGCAAGACUAUAAUUCAGCACCACCAAUUCUAGUUAUGGCUUGUGAGCAGCAUUAAUCAUCAAUGUUGGACAGAACUGUAUGUCUAAAGCCUGCUGCCUCUUUUCAUGGAUAGAAAUUUCACUUCCGCUAGUCGCUUUCUUGUAUUUUCUGUAUGGGGUGUUGGGAAGGCAUGUUUUUACAAUAUUGGACAGAGUUUCUUCUGUAGCAUAGUUAUGUGAAAUUGAUGGGAGGAUGCUACCUUACGAGAAUGGCAAGACAAACCCAUGUGAUAUCGUGAUUUCUCACAAGCUAGUGACCCUCAUUCGAGCACUAAUUUAAUGUACCUUCUUCACUACUUACAUGCUUCAUGAAUGUAGCUAAUGACUGCAACCUCUUAUCAUAGCCCAGGCUUAUCUUUCAAAAUAGAUUGGUAGAUCAAUUGAAAUCUGUGGUAGCCCUCUUCUUGUCUGCUAUAUAUCUAAAGGAGGUAGGGAACAAUGGUUAUAUCCAACUAUGUAGGUUGGUACCAUUUAUAUGUGAUUUGAGUAGGAAGACAAACCCAUGUGGUUUCGCACAACCUAGUGUUCCUACCUGGAGCCCAUAUCAAUGCCUCUUAACCACUAAUUUCAUGUAGCAGAUGAUUUUCCACAUACCAUUCUCUAUAUAUACACACAUGAUCAGGUUCAUAAGCAAACUCGUCAACUCCUCUCCUUGCAAGCAUCAAAUUAAGCUUUCUCUGUUUCUCAAGUUCUUUGAAUUCAUUUCUUCCUUCUGUGAUCACUUCAGUAUACAGAUACCAUGGGUUUCCGAUUGCCUCGAAUUGCUAGCACAAAGACAUCAAAUAUCCCAAAAGGCUACUUUGUGGUCUAUGUUGGAGAGAGCCAGAAGAAACGAUUUGUGGUUCCAGUAUCAUAUUUGAACCAACCUUUGUUUCAGGAUUUGCUGAGUCAAGCUGAAGAAGAAUUUGGAUACCAUCAUCCAAUGGGUGGUAUCACAAUUCCUUGCAGUGAAGACACCUUCAUGAAUCUCACUUCCCGCUUAAGUGUGUAAGUAAACACUGAUGAAGCGGAUCUUGGAUCCAAAACAUCCUCAUUUUGAAACUCGCUGCUGAGUCAAGAUGAAGAAGAGGCUUCGGUUGAUAAUUUGAUCAUCCACUGAAUCAAAUCACUCGUGUGGAGGGGAAACCGGCCUGAUGUAUUCUUAAAGCUGCUGAAGAAAGAUUUCCAAAUU